AGCCAUUGUGGCUCUGACCGCUCGAGGGCCCGCCGUGCCCCGACCCGCCAGGAAGAGGGGGGGCUCCAGAUCUGGCCUGCCGGGCCCCGGGCUGUGCCGGGUCCGCGGGGCACCGCCUCGGCGGGCAUGAAGUACAGGCUCCCGGGUUUUCGUCCAAGAUCCGCCUGUAGGGCGACAUGCCCGACCCAAGCGUAGAGACACCGAUCUUGGCCCAGGAUCCCAGAGCUCCACCGGUGUGCUUUUGUUGCCAAUCUCGGGGUGCCGGCCUCUCCGGGGCUCGCUGCCGAUCCCCAGGACCACCGGCCCCUCUUGCGGAGCCCUCUGAUUUUUCGAUCUGUCCAUGCGCAGGGAGACGGCCCCAUAUACGAGGUUCACCUCCCCGAAGCCAGCGUGGGCGCGGUUGCGGGUUACUAUACCCAGACGCUGCAGAAUUACGACCAGCAGGUGACCCGGCUGAACGACCAGAUCUCGAGUCUGCGCCAGCAGGGGCAGGGUCUGAUGCAGGGCUUCUCGCUACUGCAGCAGGUCGCGCCUCAGCGCGACGAGCAGAUCUUCGACACAAUCCAGAAGCACGGUCAGGGCAUCGACCCUGCCAUUACCGCGAUGCAGGGCAGCCCCACGGACCAGUGGACGAAUCAGCAGGGCUUGCGGCUGCUGAUGCACUGGGGCAACAACGGUCAGGAGAACAUGUACCAGAUCCACCACACCAACGGGUUUGAGCCAGUCAUCACGGCCAUGCAAAACUUCCCCGAUGACCCCAUCAUCCAGCAGUACUCGAACCACUUCAUCGCUUCGGCCGCCCAGUACCCAGAGUGUUGUACCGAGCUGCACCGGCUCGGGGCAGUCGAGCCCAUCGUUAAGAAUCUGAACUCGUUCAACAUGGACCCGCGCGUUCAGCAGUACGGCUGCUGGGCGCUGCACGCCCUGGCGGCCUCGUCCCCCGAGUGGCGCGAGGACAUCGCGCAGAAGGGGGGGAUCGACGCGCUCAUCCACGCCAUGCAGAGCUUUCCCCAGGACCCGAACGUCAACCGCUACGCCCUCACGGCGCUGCAGCCCCUGUGCUUUAACCCCCAGUACGCUGGCGACAUCAUCCGGCUGGAGGGCGCGAAGGCCGCGGUCCAGGCCCUGACGUGCCACGCGGGUGACUCGCAGGUGGUCUACCACGGCCUGGGCAUGCUGGCGGAGCUGGCCGGGCACGACGAGUGCAAGGCCCAGCUCGCCGACCUCGGGGUGAUCCCCGUCAUCCUGCGGACCAUGGAGGCCUACAAUGGCGAUUUCAAUGUGCAGGAGUGCGGGCUUCGUUGCCUCGCGAUCCUCACGUCCGGCAACCCCGCGACCCAGUCGCUGCUGUUCAAUGCGCAGGGGAUCCCGGCGGUCGUCAACGCGAUCAACCACGCGUCCUCCUCGGGGAAGGUCGACGAGGACACCAUCGGCCUCGUAGCGCAGGGGCUGAACCUGCUGGCUAACCUCGCCACUCAUGCGGAGUGCCGCCCGUCCAUCAUGCAGUUCCAGGGCGUGGAGAUGGUGCUGAACGUGAUGAGGCGGUUCCCGGACGAAGUCGCAGUACAGGAGCACGGCCUGCGGAUCUUGUCGGGUCUCGCCAUGUCGAGCGAGAUCGUGUCCCACAUGAUCCAGAUGGGCUGCCUGGAGGCCAUUAUGAACACAAUGAGGGCCUGCUCCCAGGAGGCAUCCGUGCAGAUGAACGGGUGCUAUGCCCUGGGGAUGUUCGCGGGGCCAGACGCCUGCAAGACGCUGGUGCUCAACGCCGGCGGCGUGAGCGUCCUGCUGGCGGCGAUGCUCAACCACCCCAGUGACCAGCACACGCAGGAGCAGGCCUGUGCCGCGCUCGCCAUCCUGUGCGACCUCGACGAGGCGAAGGCGCAGAUCGGGACAUGCUCGGUCGGCAGCGGGGUCGAGGCGCAGACCGGUGUUCAGAUCAUCUACUCCUCGCUGCAGCAGAUGCUGAACGCAGGUGCCGCGGUGGCAGUCAAGCAGAUUCUGAAGCUCAUCGCGGUGGCUGCGCUGGAUACGGACAUAAAGCAGCUACUGGUGAACAUUGGCAUUUGCAGCCUAGUCGUGACCGCGAUCAUGCAAUUUCCCCAGGACAGCGGCCUCCUCUAUUAUGGCUUCAAGGCCUUCGUCGCGCUGUGCUACGGCUCGGUCCCGCCAGACGACGUCCAGUACAUGUGCGGCGACCUCCUGGAGCUGGUUAUCACGACGAUGCGCGCCCUGGUGGACGACAUCCGCAUCCAGGAGUCUGGCUGCGAGGUGAUGUCCAUCCUCGCGCGGCUGGAGUUCCUGCAGGAGGCCAUCAUCACGAGAGGGGGCAUUACCGUGGUCUGCGAGGCGCUGAAGAGGAACCAGGCGGAGACGGGCGUCCAGCGGAAGGGCUGCCGCGCCCUCGCGAACAUGGCGGAGUGGGAGGCCACCCGCGUGGCGAUACGCAGCGAGGGCGGCAUUGCGCUGGUGGUCAACGGGAUGCGGUACCACGUGCAGCACCCCGAAGUGGGGGAGCAGGGCUGCGCCGCCAUCGCCAACCUGGCCCUGGACGAGAACAACAGGGUGGAGGUGGCCAGGGCCGACGGCGUGAAGGCCUGCAUCGCGGGCCUGAAGAAGCACCUGAACCAUCCCGGCAUCCAGGCCUACGGCCUCGGCGCGCUGGGGAACCUGGCCGUGCAGGAGGAAAAUUGCACCGUCAUACUCCAGGCGGGCGCCAUCGAGAUGGUUAUCUACGCUAUGAAGACGUGGCCCGACGAUGCGCGCGUUCAGCACUUCGCUUGCUUGGCUUGCUCGAACUUCGCGCAUGACGACGCCAACAAGGUCAAGAUUGGCCAGGUCGGGGGCGUGGGCUUCAUCCUAGGUGCCAUGACGAAGCAUCUGGAGCACGUCGGCGUCCAGGAGCAGGGCUGCGGUGCGCUGGCGAACAUGGGGAUCCACAAGCAGAACAUGCUGGAGAUCGCCAACGCCGCGGGCAUCGAGCUGGUGGUGCAGGCGUUGAGGAGGCACGCCACCGUCCCGUCGGUCCAGGAGAACGCGUGUUUCGCGCUCUCCAAGUUCCUGACCAUGCCGAACGAGAAUUACAGGCAGCGGAUGAAGGCUGCGGGCGCCGAGCAGGCCCUCGAGCAGAUCAAGGCGAGCGAGCCCUCGUUCGACGUCCGCAUCUGCGUCAACGUCCUGCUGCGGCGGCUGGCCGAGGAGACCCCGGUCAACGGCAGCGGCGGCCCGGGCCCGGGCGGGCCCACAGGCAUGGGCGGCCCGGGCCCCAUGGGCAUGAGCGGACCAGGCCCUAUGGGCGGGCCCCCAGGCAUGGGGCCGCAGGGCAUGGUCGGCGGUCCGGGGGGGCCCCUGCCCCCAGGCAUGGGCGGGCCCGGCAAGGGCGGGCCCCAGGGCAUGGGCGGCCUGGGCAUGGGCGGGCCGCAGGGCAUGCAGCAGGGUGGCUGCCCCCAGCAAAUGAUGCAGAAGGGCAUGCACCCGGGCAUGAUGCAGCAGGGCAAGGGGAUGCCCCCAGGCAUGAUGCAGCAGGGCAAGGGCAUGCCUCCAGGCAUGAUGCAGCAGGGCAAGGGCAUGCACCCUGGCAUGAUGCAGCAGGGCAUGCACCCUGGCAUGAUGCAGCAGGGCAAGGGCAUGCACCCUGGCAUGAUGCAGCAGGGCAAGGGCAUGCACCCUGGUAUGAUGCAGCAGGGGAAACGCUGAGGCGCGCGCCGCCGGCUGCAGUGCCCUCUCGUCCGUGUGCCGCUACUUGCCGCCGGCCCGCUGCCGCUGCUUGCCGCUACCCG